AUGCCUAUCAAAUAUUUCUCCUUUUCUUACAUCUUACUUUUUAUUUUCUUUCUUUCAUUUGUUUUUCCAAUAUAUCGCGUAUCCAAAACACUCUCCUUUCUUUCUUUCUUUCUUUCUUUGACUGUUUUCAAAUAUUUCUCAUUUCCAUUAAUAUCCCUUUCUUUCUUUCUUUCUUUCUUUCUUUCUUUCUUUCUUUCUUUCUUUCUUUCUUUCUUUCUUUCUAUCGUUUUUCAAAUACAUCUCGUAUUCAAAACACUCUCCUUUCUUUCUUUGACUGUUUUCAAAUAUUUCUCCUUUCCAUUCAUAUCCCCUUUUUAUUUAUUUAUCUUUUUAUUUCUUUUAACUGCUUUUCAAAUAUUUUCCUUUCCUUUCCUUUCCUUUUCUUUCUUUCUUUCUUUCUUUCUUUCUUUCUUUCUUUCUUUCUUUCUUUCUUUCUUUCUUUCUUUCUUUUGUUUUUCAAAUACAUCUCGUAUUCAAAACACUCUCCUUUCUUUCUUUGACUGUUUUCAAAUAUUUCUCCUUUCCAUUCAUAUCCCCUUUUUAUUUAUUUAUCUUUUUAUUUCUUUUAACUGCUUUUCAAAUAUUUAUAUUAUAUAUUCUUUCUUUCUUUCUUUCUUUCUUUCUUUCUUUCUUUCUUUCUUUCUUUCUUUCUUUCUUAUCAAAUAUAUCUCUUAUCCAAAACCAUCUUCUUUACUUCUUUCUUCAAUCCAUCUCAUUUCUUCCAUUCUUCUUCCUUCGCAUCAGUUUUUCUAUCAUUUUAUCUUCUUUGUUUCUUUGUUUAUUAUAUCCAUUUGUUUUCUCUUUCACCAUCUUUCUUUUCUAGCUUUCUAUCUCACUUUCUCCCUUUCUUCCUCUUAUCACUUAUUAAUUCAGGAACCCGAAAGUAUGACAGAUUUUUUUUUCUAA